CAAUUCCACUGCCUGAAAUCACGGCCUCACCAUGGCUGCCUCGAAUCCCACCUUGAUUUUCUGCCCGGGGGCCUGGUAUCCGCCCACGGCUUUUGAGCCCCUGGCCGCCCAGUUCCCCGACCACACCACCCAUCUCGUCGCCUUCCCCUCCAUCCAGCAGGCCACCACCGUGCAAGACCUGCAGCCCGACAUCGACACACUCCGCGACCUGGUCGAACAGGAGGCCAAUGCCGGGAAAGAGGUGGUGGUCAUCUCCCACAGUUGGUCGGGGUUGCCCGUGAACAGCGCGCUAGACGGGCUCAGCACGGCCGAACGACAAGCCGCCGGCGCGACGGGCGGCGUGAAGAAGUUGAUCUUUAUCUCGGCGUUCAUCCCGGAGGUCGGCGAGAGUCUGAUUGGGGCAUUUGGAGGGGUCCCUCCGGACUGGUACGACCGCGAUGAGGCCAACGGCACCGUCAGCGCCGUCGACCCCUACAGCCUCUUCUUCCACGACGUCCCUGACGGCGAGAAGUGGGCGCAGACGCUGCGUCCGCACGCCUGGGCGACCAAGAACUCGCCCGCCCGCAGCACCGCCUACACCCAGAUUCCGAGCGCCUACCUCCUGUGCGAGCACGACCGCGCCAUCCCCCUCUUCGUGCAGCAGUUGAUGGUGGACAAGGCCCGCGCCAAGGGCGCUCAGAUUACCACAGAUACUGUCGCUACGGGCCAUUCCCCGUGGCUGGUCGAUCCCGCCCCGGUGGCUGCCUUUGUGAAGCAGAAUCUAGCGUGAGGGAAGGUUUAAUCGUGGCGACAGCAUCGAUGUACCAUAUUGAAGAGAAUAUACUCUGUACAUGCAGAGAAGAAGCUCAAUCCACAUGAUGGAAUGCUCCGAUCACGCCUCAAAUUUUUGGUUCCAAUUUUAUUUCAAUCGUGUAGAUAGCAUUCAUCAAGCCAGCACCGCCUCAAUGACCUGGUCCGACCCCGGGGUCAGCGCAUCCAACGGCUCAAUGCGGCGCACCUGCAGCCCGGCUCGCCCUAAUAUCCCCCGCCACUGCGCCUCGGUGCGCUCCAUGCCUCCAAAUGCCAUCAUGCUCACAUCCAAAAACGCCGCGUAGGGGGACGCGCCUCCUCCGUCCGGGAGCACCAGGUCGACAAUGACCAGCCGCGAGGACGGAGCCAUCGCUGCCACGGUGUUCUGCAGUAUGGUCGCGAC